UUUUACUUUAAUUUUUUCUCACAAUGAAAUUAUUAAUUUUUAUUUGGUUGAUUUUAAAUUUUAAUAUUAAACUCAUUCACUUGGCACCAAUUAAUAUAUCAAAUCUUUUGAUGCAACGUCUUUUUUUAUCAACUAAAACGAUAAAUUUUAUGAAAAGAUUUGGAUAUUUGCCAACGAGUGGAAAUUCCGAGUCUCUUUAUAAGGAAAGUGCAUUGGUCGAUGCAAUAAAAAGUCUACAAAAAUUUGGAAAUAUUCCAAUGUCCGGAGAAAUUGAUAAUAUAACUUUAAAGUUGAUAGAAACACCACGUUGUGGAGUUGCCGAUAUAAAACAUUUGAAAAAUCGAGAAAAAAGAUAUAUUAUCGGUUCUGAAGGAUGGAGGAAACGCGUUAUCACUUAUUACAUUGCCAAUUGGUCACCAAAAUUGAAACAAGAAUCUGUAAUUAAAGAAAUGGAAAGAGCUUUUAAAGCUUGGACCGAUUAUUCAAGGCUUAAUUUUCAAAAUGUCAAUGAUCCGAAUGCAGAUAUUAUAAUAAGUUUUAGUCAAGGAUCACACGGUGACGGUUAUCCUUUUGAUGGACCGGGAAAUAUUUUGGCACACGCUUUUUUCCCCUAUGAAAUGAAUUCAUUUGGUGGUGAUAUUCAUUUUGACGAUGAUGAAAAAUGGGAGAUAAAUUCAUUUGAUUCACAAGAAGAAGGAACAGAUUUUUUCUCAGUCGCUGUUCAUGAAUUGGGACACAGUUUGGGAUUAUCUCAUUCAACAAUUCCAACGUCAAUUAUGUUUCCUUAUUAUAAAGGAUACACUUCGGGAUUUCAAUUAGAUUACGAUGAUCUUCUUGGAUUAUAUGAUCUCUAUAUUUUACAUCAUAAAGAAGAACAGGAACGAGAAAUUCCAAAAACAACGACAGAAUUUGAAAUUGAAUUAACAACUGAUUUCUAUUCAACAACUCAGAGAUUAGAUUUUCAGAAUAUUACAUUUAUCGGUGAUUAUGAAACAGUUGAGGAACAUCGUUUGCAUGAAAAGAAAAAUAAUUUAAUUACAAUUCCUGAUAUUUGUCAAGGGAAUUUUGAUACUAUUUCAAUGUUUAGAAAUGAAAUAUUCAUUUUUAAAGGCGAAUAUCUCUGGCGUUUAAUUCAACGUGGUUUAUUGGACAAUGAUUAUCCAGUGAAAUUACAACAAUUAUUUCACGGUUUGCCAAAUUAUGUAACGAAAAUUGAUGCCGCUUAUCAAAGAGAAAUUGAUUCGAGUAUCGUACUUUUUUCUGGCGACAAAUAUUGGAUUUAUAAUGGCAAUAGUUUUAGCAGCGACAGUCCAAGAUUUUUGUCUGAUUACAAAAUUCCUGAUAAUAUCAAUAAAAUUGACGCCGCUUUUAUUUGGCCAAAAACAGAGAAAGUUUAUCUAUUUCGAGGCAAUGAAUUUUGGACAAUCAAUGAAAGUCAAGAUAAAUUGGAUUCAAAUUUUUCACAUAUUACAAAAUUAGGUGGUAUUCCACAAAAUUUUGACACUGCAAUGACAUGGACAAAUGGUGCAAUUUACUUUUUUAAAGGGAAAUAUUUUUGGAAAUUUAAUUCCGAAACAUUUAAAACGGAAAUUGGUUAUCCAUUAUUAACGGCAAAAUAUUGGAUUGGAUGUGAGAAAAUAAAGGAGAAAUAGAAAUAGAAAUUAGUGAGAAAUAGAAAUUUAAUGUUAAAAUGUUAACAAAAAUUGCAUAAAAAUAAUUUCUUUUUACUCACUGUGGAAUUGCAAAAUUAAAAUACUGUAUACAAAAUUCACUAAUUGCUUCUUCAACAAAGCAAUUUUGUAUUCAAUUAUGUUAAUAAACUUUUUUUUUUUUUUUUUUUUUUUCCUUUCAGAAUUUGCUUUUUAUCAUUAAUGCAAAA